AUGCUGAAUCUGCUUGGUGUCUUCAUGAGCUUCAACAAAUCAUUAGAUGGCAUGAAACUUAUUGCCGGCAUGAGUGAUGCUGAACUAGUGAACAAAAUUGUUAAGAGCGUUCUUAAUUUACCAAUCUUGACUGCUACCAAAUUUCCAGUUGGAUUACAGUCCCCUGUGGAAAAACUGAUUCAAUAUAUUACAAAUACCCCAGUCACUACUAUAAUAGGGAUAUGGGGAAUGAGUGGAGUGGGUAAAGCCACCGUUGCCAAAGCCGUCUACAACCAAAUUCAUGACAGAGACUAUGUUACAGAGAUACUAAAUGGCUGUGGACUACAUGCUGAUAUUGGAAUAACAGUUCUCAUAGAGCGUAGUCUCAUAAAAGUUGAUCAGAACAACAAACUAAGAAUGCAUCCUUUGCUGCAAGACAUGGGUAGAGAGAUUAUUCUUAGAAGUUCAACUACGGAACGUGAGAAGCGCAACCGACAGUUUGCUGAUGAUGUAAAAUGUGUAGUGACAAAGAAUAAUGGAACAGAAGCUAUUGAAGGAUUGGCUCUGAAGUCACCAUUAUCAGUCGGAUCUAGGUUGAAAAUUUAUGCUUUGCAGAAAAAACAGAUAUUGAGACUGCCGAACAUUGACUCUUUACUACUGAGUAGAGACUAUCCGAACCUUUCUAAGCAACUGAGAUGGAUCUUUCUUCUAGGGUUUCCUUUAAAAUUUAUUCAUAAAAACUGUGAUAUGGAAGGUGUAAUUGCGAUUCAUUUCAAAUGCAGUAAUCUUAGACGACUCUGGAACGAACCACCGGUUUUAGGGUGGCUAAAGUUCCUCAAUCUAAGCCACUCCAAGUACUUGACAGAAACAUCUGACUUUUCAGGACUACCAAGUCUUGAAAAGCUCAUUCUCAAAGAUUGUCCAAGUUUGUGCAAGGUACACCAAUCCAUAGGAGAUCUCUGCAAUCUACUACUCAUGAAUUUGAAGGACUGUAUAAGUCUUAGCAAUCUCCCCAAAGAGGUAUAUAAGUUGAAAUCUUUAAAAACUCUCAUCCUUUCUGGUUGUUCCAAGAUUGAAAUUUUGGAAGAAGAUAUAAUGCAGAUGGAAUCCUUGAUAACACUAAUUGCUGAAAAUAAAGCAGUGAAACAAGUGCCCUUCUCAAUUGUAAGCUCAAAAUGCAUUGGAUAUAUAUCCUUACGUGGAUUUGAAGGAUUGUCACACAAUAUUUUUCCUUCUAUCAUUCGGUCUUGGAUGUCACCAACAAUGAAUCCCCUAUCUUAUAUUAGUCCGUUUUGCAUGGAUAUGGAGAAUAAUAAUUUGCCUGACCUUGUGCCAUUGUUUAGCAACCUUGCAAAUCUUCGAAGUAUUUCUGUUCAAUGUGACGCGGAGCUUCAACUAUCUAAGCAAGUAAAUACAAUUCUUGUCGAAUACAGAGUAAAUUUUACAGAAUUAAGGAUUUCAAAGCAUCACUUGAGGUUUUCUUUGAUUGCUGUUGGACGAUGCAAUGAAUUCUUCAACUCUCUCAAUGAUAGCAUAUAUGAGGCAUUCUCAAGGAGUGAAUCUUGUGAUGUUUGUCUGCCAGGUGACAACCACCCUUAUUGGUUAGCCCAUGUGGGUGAGGGAAAUUCAAUUUAUUUCAUUAUGCCUCAGGACUGUGACGUAAAAGGAAUGGCUUUGUGUGUUGUUUAUUUGUCAACCCCUGAGAACAUGGCAAUCGAAGGUCUUACAAGUGUCUUAAUUGUUAACUACACAAAGUGCACAUUCCAGAUACAUAAGCAUGGUACAGGAAUUUCCUUCAAUGAUAAAGAUUGGGAGGGCAUAAUAUCAUAUUUAGGAUCUGGAGACAAGGUGGAGAUUUUUGUGACUCUUCCUCAUGGAUUGGUGGCUAAGAACACAGCUGUGUAUAUCUGA